CUGGAUUUCGGAGGAAUGAUCCCGCUCCACGCUCUAGCCGUGGGUGGGGUUAGGAGCUUGCCGGGGGGAGGGCGUCAUUUAGGCCCCAUGUCUCUCCCUCUGGGGAGGGAGAUAUGCUGCACUGCUGUAGCCUUCAGUGUAGCAGCUACCUAUGCCAAUAGGAGGUGUUCUGUUGGUGCAGUUAAUUAGGGUGACCAGAUGAGAGGAAGAAAACAUUGGGACAUAUGGGGGGGGGCUACCGGCAAAGCAAAAAAAAAAAAAACCAACCAGAGUGUGAAAUAUCGGGACAAAUUGCGUCCUGACCAAACAUCGGUCGGGACACAGGACAAACACCUAAAUAUUGGGAUAGUCCCGAUUUUAUCGGGACAUCUGGUCACCUAAAUUAAUCCACCUCUCUGAGGAGUUGUCUACUGCAGGGACAAAGCUGCAUCAUUGAAGAUGCUUAUACUACCUAUGCAGAUGGGGAGAGCUUCUCCUGUUGGCAAAGGUACUCCACCACCCUGAGACACGAUAGCUAUAUCAAGGAGAGAAGCCCUCCUGUUGACAUAGCACUGUCUACACCGGGAGUUAGGUUGGUAUAAUUGUGUCGCUCAUGGGUGUGGAUUUUCCACACCGCUGAGCGACAUAGUUAUACCGACAUAAAUUUGUAAUAUAGACCAGGGCUGAGAGCAGAUAGCUAGGUCGAAGGAAGAAUUUGUCUAUUAACCUAGGGCUUUCUACACCAGGCGUUAGAUUGGCAUAGCUACAUCUCAUAGGUGUAGAUUUUUCACCCCACUGAGAGACUGGCUAUGCUGAUGUUAAUUCCCAGUGUAGACUAGCCCUAUGACAUUCAUCAUCUUUCCUCCUGCUGCUGACUCCAAACCUCCAUAGUCUGCCUGGGUUAGAGUUUUUGGUCCUGCUGUUACCCAAAUUAGUUUUUUUGUCUCCUAAUUAAAAUUAUUAUAAAUGCUAAUCUAGGCACCCCCACAAACAUUUGUUCCUGGUCUUGGGUCACUGUAGGCUGGGGCCUAAGAAUGAGAUGAUAUAAAUUAAAAACACUUUAUAUAUUUUAAUAUAUAUUUUAAUAUAUAAAGUACAUGAAAUCUACAAAACAAAAAUAAAUAAUGUAGUUAUGGCAUUGAAUAACCAAUAUAUCUAAUUGAUGUCCCCACCAAGAACUAGAAAAUGUUUGUUUGCUGUGUUGUGGGGCCUUUUUGAAACCAUUGAACCAUAACUGACUGGAACAUUAUAUUAGUAAUAUUAAAUAGCAAGGUAUAUGGUUACACUUAUUGAGAAACUGCGCUUGUACUCACCUGGCUGUGUUAGAGAUAAGGUUACAACAAUGUAACCAAAUGCAUCCACUAUGAAACAGAGUACCUGUAUCACAUGUAGACUAAAGCAUUUAGAACUGUAAAAUUUAAUACCUACCUAGGUAUAAAUUUCCAGAGCAUCUACUAUAACUCUAGCAGUGGUCUAGGAAAUGUAACCAUUCACCUACAAUUGGUAUUAGGGAGUAUUUAUUCUGUAGCUUUUUCAGAUUUUGUCCACUUAUUGCAGCAAUUCAUUUCAAGUCAACAUUUUUAAUGACUGAAGUAAGUUUCCUUCUAUUUCUGCUGAAGUUUAUGUUGCUUUCAUAUAUGGUGUGAGAAUUAGCUAUACAAUAUCAUUCCUCACUUUGUGAGGCUAAGAAGAUUGCUGAGUAGUGUACUGAAAGAAUCUACAGUACUUUAUGUGACAAAGUACAAGAGAACAGGAAUGGAUUCAAAGAAAGAGACUUUGUUGGGAUCAUCCAACUUGAUACAUACAAUAGUAAAAGCUCUACAUGAAAGCUGAGGACCAAUGAAAUGUAAAUGGAAUAUAAUCAAGACAUACAGAUUAGGACAAGUAAAAACAGACAACAUCACCAUCUGAAAAAACAAGUGAAUAACAUAUUAUUAGAUAACUUUGACUAUCCUGAGGAUGCAACUGAUGAGGAGCAAGAAGACUUACCUUAUGAUGGAGACCUAGAAAGAACUUAUCAUCACAAUAAUGAAUCAAAUAAUUUGAAAGCCUGUGUUUCUGUAGAAAACAUUUCUGAUAAUUUCUUAAAUUUGACCUGUUCUGAAAUUAACAGAAGUUUAAAAGAAGAAAUAAAUUAUGAAACACAACAGCUAUCUCAAGAAAAGGUCUUCAGCCACCGUACACCCGCCACAAGAACAAAUGGAAUAAUGAUUGAAAUGGCAAUAGAAGCUCCUCUGAGUGGCAUGCCUUUGGAGACAGAAUUAUCAGUUGGAGCUUUUAGCAGCCUAGAUAGGAAGGAACAUUUCACCAACUCAAAAAUUUCUGAUGUUCUUUUGCGUCAUUUUUCCAAAGAAGAGUUAUCAAACACAAGCCAAUUAAUUGAUUGUGAAACUAUCCCAGAAACAUCCUUUACUGAAAGUGUUGAUGAAACCGUCCUCACUAAAACUAGGAUUUCAGAAUGCACCAAGCGCACUUUACUAACAGAACAAUGGACAGAGCAUUUUGAAGACUAUAAUUUAAACAGACAAGAAGAAAUAUCUGAAGAUGAUUACAAAGAUAAAAAUUUGCUAGAUGAAAAUAAAUUUGUUAUAGAUAACAGUGCUACUUCUUAUGGUGAUGAGAAAGACUGCAUACAAGAAAAUUCACAGUUGAUAGCUGAAAAUGAAGAUACAAAUAAUUUCCAAAACAUAAGAAAAAAUCACAGUCACCAAAAAGGUUUGUUUGAAAGAACAGGUUCAUCUCAUGAACUCAAAUAUGGUCAAGGCCAAGUUAAUUAUUGUCUUCCUGACUUCUCUAAAGUUGCUCCAAAAGUCAAAAUACCAAAAAGAAAUAACAGUGAUAAAUCAGCUCCCAUAAUUAAAAGAACCAAAUUCUCGCCUAAUUUGGUUGGUAAAUCAGCAAUUGUGAACAAUGUUUUAGAAACUAUGAAUUAUUUUGAUUCUGUUGAAGUAAAGAAUCAAGAAGAAGAAAUGAGAAUUCCUGAACUUUUACAACAGCUAGAGUUGCUGACAAAACAUGCUGAGGCUCAGAAUCGUAUUGAUCAUUUGAGGUUUGAUCCUAAGAUAUAUACUCAUUCAGCUUCUCCUAAUCCAAACCUUUCCAUUCACUCAAGAUGUAUGGGUGCAGCUUCUGAAGAGUCUAUAUUUCAUCCCCUUACUCUUCCUAUCCAGCCUCUGCUUGGUUUGUCCCAAGCAUCUUUUUCAGGAUUACAAUCUGGGAGAAUGAUUUCAUCAUUACCGUCAGCAAAUUCAGCAGGAAAAGUACACUGUUUAAAUCCUAACUUGAUGCAAAAUACAACAAAAGGAGAAAAGAUGUCUCAAAUGCUAAAGGAGCAGGCAGAGCAACUGAAAGCUAAAGUGGAAGAAUUUUCUAAAUGUAUAAUGCAGGAGGCCUUCCCUUUGCAAGAUCGCUGUCUGGUAUUAAAGGAACUAAAAGGAUACCUUGACACAUUGGAACGGAAAUAUUUAGCCACUAAGGAGGAGCAUCGUGGUUUACAGCUACAGCACUACAAUCACAAAUCCAUAAGUGUUGGCGAGUUUGAUCCCGACAGAAAGGUGGAGGGGGAAAUAUUUAGGCUUGGUAUGCUGCUUGAAGAUGUCAAAGAGAAAAUUGAUGACAAUAUAUGUAGUCCAUGUCCAUCUUCAUUCACAUCUCCUACAUCUCCUUCGCUCACGCCAUGUGAAUCUGUGUGUUCAUCCUGUUCUCAUCUUCGUGAGAGCCCUGUGGUUUCAAGCAUUAGUGAUCCUCCAGAAAGGUCUGCUACUGAAGUGAAUUUUCAUAAUAAUGAAAGGAACGAGGGAGAGAAUAGAAGUCAUGCAAUCGAUGUGAUCCCAAAGAAAACCAGUCAGCUUUCUUUACAAGAUGACAAUUGUGAUCUUUUUCCUAAACUCCAAUUGGGAUUACAAAAAAGAGAUGCAUCUGCCUAUGUAAAAGGAAUGGAGCCCCUGGAAAAAGCAGAACUGCUAGCAAAUAAACACUCUUCAGAUGUAAUGCAGUGCUUCCUUGCACCUGUGGCAGACAAUGGGCCUGGAGGCCUGGAAUCCCAAAGGCAGCUUAUAUUAAGUCAAAAACGUAACACUAAUCAAGAAAACCCAAAAGGGAGUUUAAACUUUUGGCAAAUGAAAUCUCCACCCAAAACCAAGUCUUACAAUAUGUGCAAUUUGGAACACAAAAUUAUUAAUCUAAAUGUGCAGCAAGAGCAAGGCAAUUUAGCACAUCCCUCAGAUCAUUGUUUUUGUGAAAGGGUAGAAAACUGUUCAAAUGCACAUGAAGCUGCUCUAUAUCCCAAAUGGAAAAUACACUGGUCAAAAAAUGCAAACAAAGAACUUUGUUCCUGUUCUGUCAAUAGAAAUAAAAAGACAGAGGACAGAAAAACUGAUAGUGAAAAGUCAAAAUGUGGAAGGUAUUCAGUCUUCAUUCAGGAAAAAGCAGUGGAGCUAGAUUUGUCAGGUACUAACCUAUGCAGUGAUUCAGAAGACAUCUCAUUCUGUGAUUCCUUUCAUGAGUCACACAGUGAUGAAUUUCUGGAACACAAGACUAAAAAUUAUAAAUCACGUAGAGCAGGAUUAAAAGAACAAAGCAAAGCCUUACAAUACAGGGAUUGGAAUAUAAAUUUCUGCACUAGUUGUCAAAGAAACAAAUGCAGCAGGGAAUCUGACAAGAAUAAUAUUGCUUCUUCACAGAAGAAAAGAAUUGCCGCCAAUAGUGUUUGUACAAGUAAGCAACCAGAUCAAUUUGUAUACAGACUUUCUGACAAAGACAACUUAGAGACUCCCAAAACCUGCUACUCAAGGAUGUAUGAUACAAUUAUUCUUUCACCUCAAUACCUAGCCAGCAGGAAGGUUUAUGGAAGUAAAUCAAUGGUCAAUAUUAGAAACAGACACACCAGUUAUACUGACACAAAGAUUUUAAACUCUACUUUGGAUCAUGCAAUACAGACUGCAACCACUUUGAAGGAAACUACAGAACGAAUGGUACAAGUAGUUGCAGAAGAUCUAGCUAAAGUUAAAACUCAUCGAAAUAAGCAGUUUUUUAGCUGAUCUGUUUCAAACAUUUGAAUUUGUCAGCUGAAAUGUAGACAGAACUCUGAGUUGUGAAAAAUGUGCAUUAACAAGUUGUGCAAAAGUUAGGAGAGCAGCUGCCCUUAGGUGUGAUAUUAGCAACAGUUUAAGAGCAGAAAAACAAAUCAGAGUGCCAAGUUUAUAAACCAAGAGCCCUUGAAAGUUGUCACAUCUAUUAGUGAAGAAUGGCCAUAUAGCUGACUUCCUUCAGCCUUCAAUAAUGGUAGUUCUUUAUAGAAUUGCUCUAGGUAACCAAGCUUAGCUGUAGUUUCUAAAAUGUGUAAUUUGGGGCCAAGAAGAUAACAUCUCAUCCGUCAGUGUGUUCUCAGCAAUAUCACAACCCACCUCUGUAUCCUGCUUGGUAUUGGACAUCACAGAGGGAAACAACUGAAACCCUUUGUUCCUGGAUAAUCUUUUUAUAAUGAGUUUUAGCUGUAACAUUGUCAAUUUUUGAAGGACAUAUUCAAAGAAUAGUUUGUAUUGUUAAGCAUAUGCUUUUGUGCAUCUCAGUAAAUGAUCUCUCAUCACUCCUGUUUAUAUUCUAAAAUGUCAGUAUCUGUACUGUGGCAUUCUUAGUAUCUGUUAGAUUUGGCUUUCAUAAUACAAAUCUUCAGCUAUUUCAGCAUUAUGAAUACAAAAAUUGCAAAUGGGCUAAACUCCUCCUAUGCCUGUAAGGAAAUUUGGCACUAAUAAACUGAUUGUAUAUG